CUCUGUCUUCCAAUCGUUACUACGUCAUUCGCCGCCAAGGAACUCAUAAAGGUGAAGCGAGCGCUAGUUCAACAGAAGAUGACAUGGGGACAUGCUGUUGCUGCACUUACAUUAAAGACGUCAAAUCCAGACCCUUAGACCCUUCAGACGUCCUUCAACAAGUUGAGAUCAUCCAAAAGAAUCCUCGUGGAAGAUUCACAGCAGAAUCUGUGGCCGAAAAUGGCUUUCCUCCUACAUUCUUGAGAAGGAAAUGGAACCUCUACAUGGAGACGCCCCGCCAUUACCAGCUACACGAAGCCCCUGGCCUCAAUUCCUCCCUCAGAUCUCAGCUUCCCGACCUCAAAAUCUUGUCCAAAACAGUUGUUGUGGGAAAAUGGUAUUGCCCUUUUAUGUUUGUCAAAGAAUUAGGUGGAUUAAAACUCAAGCAGCAGAUGAAAAAUUCCAUGUUUUAUGAGAUGACACUUGAGCAGAGAUGGGACAAGGUUUUCGAAUGUGACAACGUUGGAAACAGCAUGAAAAUGGUGAGUGUUGAUGUGUUUGUUAACAAAGAAGAGGCUUGUGUUAAUGGAAAAGAAGCUAUAUGCGAGUGGGGUAAUGUUGAUGAUGGAGUUAUCUGGUUUAGAAGCUCAACAGAGGGUGAUAAGGGAGAAGAACAAUCAGGAAGGUUAUUGGGGUUGAGCAAAUUGAUAAUGGAUAGAAUAAAGUGGGAAGAGCAGAGAGUUGGGUUCAGUGUGGAUGAGAUUAAAGGGCAAGUGAAAGUGAAGAGAACAGAGAAGUUUGAUGGAAAUGAGUGGAGCAAAUUUAGCUGUUAUGUUUUGGUUGAGAGGUUUGUGUUGAAGCGGGUAGACGGCACCGUUUUGUUGACACUUGAUUUUAAGCACACCAGCCAAAUUAGGUGCAAAUGGGAAUGAGCAAUAUUUGGGACGCUCACUUCAAAAUGAUGAAGAGUUUUAAUAAAUAAACUUUCAAUUUGUUUGAUUUAUUGUACGCGCGCAAUUUGUUUAAUUUAAUUAUACUGUUCUUAGACUAAGCUCGUAUAACUAACUAUUAAUUGA